UCUGAAACAAUCAAAAUGGCAUCGGUAAAUCAAUAUGUAUCUACAUGUCACUGGUAACAUGAUGUCACUGUUAUAUGUGGAAGACCAUGCUGAUCACACACCAUCAUGGAUAUUUACUGUGUCAACUGAGUCGAUGCCCACCUGUGUGGCUUGUCUGGUGUCUAUUCUUGAAGACCCGACUAAGAUACCAGUACAGAAGAAACCUGCUUUAGCCUCCCUUGCCAAUCUGGUGCAGCAGUCAUCAGAAGCUGUCACCUGUCUACAGGGCAACAUCGCAAUCACCUCUCAUUGCCUGCUUACUCUAAUAGAGCUCCUUCAGUUAGAUGAUCCAGUGUUUGUAACUGAGGCACUGGAUGUUUGUGUGAAAGUCAUUGGGAAGAUAAAAUCAAAAGAACUUGUCAGAUUGGUGUUGGAUCUCAUUCAGACUGAGGUGACCUCCAACAAGGACUGCAGAGCUCUCUACCCUCUAUACCUGUUGCUAGGAAGACUAGUCCAUACAUUAUCAUCCUUAGCUGUAUUAAUGGGACAAGACUUUGACCCCUUGUUGCAGCAGUUGUGUUUGUGUUUGACAAUCCCAGAUGAGGAGAUUCGAGCUUCCAUUGUGUACAUUUUUGUGUACUUGCUAGUUGGGGACUGGCCAACGAGGUUGUCCUCCCACAUCCAUAGACAGAUCAUACAGGAGGUUGUAUGUCUCCUUAACACAGCCAAGACCCAGGGACUGCUCCUCAACUGUUUAGGCUUAUUAAAGAAGCUGGUAACUAAUGGUGACAGUUUAGAAUUACUGAUGAAGCUGAAUUUGGAGGGUGUCACACUUCUUUCUAUCCUUAAAAAGUUGUUGGUCAGCAAGAAAGAAGUCCAGCAAAUAUCCUCCAUCCAGAUUCUGUCCACCAUUCUACAAAAUCCUGAUGGUCACUCCUCUAAUUAUACUGGGGCCAUCGUACAGUCAGACCUCAUGGAGUUCCUGUUUGAAUGUCUCCAUACUCGGAACACUACUCAGACAAGACAUAUUUUCCAAUGUUUGCAACCUCUGUGUCAGCUGGAGCAAUUUUAUACCAAAUGUCACUCUGUUUAUGGUAUAGAAUCUAUCCUGAGGUCCCUAGAGAUACUAGCAGACAUGAGGAACUAUGAACUCUCAGAGGAAGGACUUAAAAUUCUGGCUACAUUUCUUACAAAACAGCCUAGCAAUGUGCCGCUGUUCAUCAAUGCUAAGAUGGUCCAAUUUUGCAUGUCAGUCAUCAGUCGUGGACUCAAACAACAACAUCCAAUGGUCUUCUCAGCCUCCCUUUCAGUUCUUGAGGCAAUCAUCAGGAAGGAUCAUCUUUUGCUGCCUGUGCCUUUUGAGGAGCUAGAGGAUGUAAUCAGGCACUGCAGCAAAAUCUUCUGGGCAAAAGCUAAUAGUCCAGAGGUUAUAACUGCUAAGCCUAACAGACCCAAAGGAAAGAAGACUGGACAUGGAGGCGGGAAAGAGCAAAGCGACAUUUACACUUACUGUCAGACUUAUUUGAAAUGUAUACGGCUACUGAAGGCAUGUGUCAACGAUCCCAAAGCUUCAGUGUCCACUUUCUCAGCCCCCAAUGUUAAUAAGAGAACCUCGAUCCAGAGAUUUCAGGAUUUCCUACAGAACUCCAGUGCAGAAGAUUGUUUGCCUUUGGUGAUGAAUGAAUUGGAUCAGACAGAAGAUGUGAGAUUGCUGGGAGCCUUGUCCGAGUUGACAUGUCAGUUGUAUGAACUUGACACCAGCUUCAUGACCUCUGUAAUCCACCAACUCUGUGUUAACGGUAUGCUGACCAGGAUACUGGACAUUCAUACACAACAUAGUACGACUAGGACAACUAAAAGUAUGGUAGGUGAUUGUAUAUUGGUGAUGUGUCAAGUGUUACAUGAGAGCAGCAACCCUGUACAUCCCUUACCAGCAUGGACUUCAGACACAAUGAACAACAUACAGUAUAAAAUUCAAGACCUACCAAGAAUUAUUUUGCAAUUUUCUCUGAAGAUGGAAACCAAGGAUGUGUACCUGUUUCUGUUGUAUCAUGCUUUCAACAAUGAUGAAAUGAUACUCUCAGGGUCAGACUUGCAAAUUGUUCUGGACGACUUUUGCACCACUAAAAUAGGGUUAGAAGAGUUAUCUCCCCUUACAAAAAAGCACUUCAUUUUCCUCAUGGCAAUGGCUUUCUGUCUGAAUAGGGAUGCCCAAAGUGAACAGGAAGAGAAAUUUAUCACUAGCUUGUCCAAGUUUCUGACAGAGUGCCCAGUAGAGAAAUGGUAUACCCACCAUCUGGCCAUCCUACGUUGGUCUUGCCAACACCAGCAGCUACAAAAGACUUGUGCAUAUAAAGUUGCUGAGGCGUGGCUGAUGCGUCUGUGUGGUCCCCAGGAGGACGGAGAGCCAGCAGGAACACAAGAUUGGGUGAGAGACCACCCUGAUGUCCAGGCCUUGCUGCAGCUGUGCAGGGAGAAGUAUCUGAUUGAUGUACUCUUGAGUCUAUUUCUCACAUCAAAUGAGGCUGUUAUCAGAGUUACACAGAACAUACUUUGUAGUUUUACAGCAGAGGUAACUGAUCCUGAGGAGAGAGCUGAUUACCUGUUUUAUCUUAGUGAACACACUGCUGACUGGCUACAUCAGAUAUUCCUGGACAAGGGUCAACAUGAUGCUGGUCUUGAAGCAUUAUUGAGUCUUCAUCUGUUCUGUAAACAACACACUCCUGACACUUCUGUUUCUACUUCAGACAUCAAAAUCCUCUACCAUGUUACCAAGUUUUCUGCCUGUAACACCAUCAAACCCAUGUCACUUCUUCUAACCUGUUUCCAGUACAUCCAGAUCAGUGUCCAGGGGUCUGACACAGCAUCCACACACAGAGGGUUAUCCUUGCUGACACAAAAUGAAGACAUGUUGGAAAGAUUAGAGAAUCUUUGUGCCAGCACAGAUCCAGCACUUUCCUCAGCAGCCCUCAGCAUUGUAGUAGAGAUGGUACGCUACACUUCCGGCCUACCACAACAUCAGUGUACCAGGCCCAUCAAGAUUGAUUUGUUACCAAUCAGCCAGUACCUGAACACAGACCAUCCUACUCUCCUACUUGCCAGACUGGACCUUCUAAGCACCUUGUUCCAGCAUCAGUUUAACAGCAGAAUGCUGACACUUGCCCACACCCAGCGCUACCCACCACACCCAGCAUGUCCCUUCACUUCCUCAGAGAUUCGUGAGGUCUACCUUUAUCUGCAGCAGUUGGUGUUACAGGAGAUGCUACAGGCAAAGACUUGUUCUGUCCAGUGUAUACAGUCCCUCUUUUGUUACCUUCACACUGUUGAUCCUCGUCUUGAACGACAUCUUAAAACUCACCCAUGGAACUGUUUGAUGUUGGAAGUAGUGCUACAGACGUACAUCGCUGGUGAUGAGGAAAGUGUGUAUUGUACAAUAUUGCUGAUACAGCAGGUGUUGUGUGAGCAGGAUCCAUCUUCGCAGCUGGUGACUGGCCAGGGGCCAUCUACACAAGCAGUGUCUGGUCUAGGAAUGUCCCCUCAGCUAUUGUCUCUUCUCUUGGACUUUCUACUAAAACAGGAUAUGCCAAACCACUCCCAGUCCAUCAUGCAUGGACUACACAACCUCACUAAAAAGGUGAUGAAAAUUCUUCCUGGAGAUUUGCUUUCCAAACACAGGGAAGUUCUAACAGCACUGCUUCAGGGUGAAGACCAAACACCAAUUUCAACCUCACCAACAAGCUAGGCUACAGCUUUGAACUUUUAAUGUACUGACCCUGAAGAACCAUUAUAUCAGAUUCAACUACACCUCAAGAUAUUGAUUAGAGGUAGUAGCAAGAUGAAAACAACAUGAGAAUCUCAUUUUAUGCAGUUGUGGAGAUCAAAUGGACAAACCAACAGGACUUGAUGUUCCUCUGUCAGGUAGAAGAUGAUCAACACCAGGAGACUAGAUAAAGAUUCAGUCAGAAUUCUCACUGCAAAAUUUGUAAUUGAAUUUCAAAUAACAAAUAAAAUUACAAAACUUC